UGAAUAUAUAAGUCUCUGCUCGCAAAGAACUGCUUGUUUGUACACCAUGGAGUUGAAACUACUGACUGUGUUGGCACUCUUCGCCGUAUGUGGUAUCGUACAGGCCAGGGAGGUCGCUCCGGAUUAUUGCGACUUAAUCUGCCUCCACAAACGAGAAGGCUCCAGCGCCACAAACGUGGUCCGUGGGAAGAAGCACCGCGCCUUCCGAUCAAAGGGACAACUGGCGCCCGCCAGCCGACGAUACGAUUAUGACUUCAGCACAUUCUGCGCGUAUUGCUAUGGCUGGGAGACAAAUGGAACAUUAGAUCGAGCAAUCUCUUCAAGACAAUCACAACCAUUUCCUGCAUCGAUCGUGUCGACAGCGAUGCAGAUUCCAGAAGAGGCAAUAAAUGGCGCCUUUGGUGGAUCUGGGUCACCACCGUUUCGUAAGUUCAUUUACUGUUUAGGUUACCAAAAUGGUAGUUUAAGCAACUCCAUUGGGAAAUGA